AUGUAUUCCCAACUCAUUCUCGCAGCACUCAUCUCUAUUACCCUGGAUCAAGUUACCACCACAUCUUCAACGAACGGUAUUGUGGUAGAGUAUUGUAUCAGUACGAUGAUUUAUUAUGAGCCUAGCAGUUGUGUAUUCGUUUACUCGUCUAAUGGAUCAGAGAUCUCCUCUCAUAUUUCCACAGCUUCCAGGGGAUCAGGGCCUUAUUCUUUGAGCUCAUCCCUCCAUACUUCGUCUGGCUUUCCCAAGAUUUCUGAGGUUUCUGAGUUGUUGUUUGUUACAACAACUGCAUACUCUUCUGGCAAUGGAUCAUCCAAUUACGACAGGAGCGCCAUAGAAAUUCUGUCGACUUCGACCAGUUUCGAUACAUCAACUAGUUCUUCUUCUAAUGGGUAUCCAUCCGCAACAGCAACAAGUGGCCCUGACGAUGACCCUCAAGACGAGGACUUCAGCCUAGAACUGUUGCACACCAGUGAGUUUCGUUUCCCUCAAUCUGCAUGUAACCAUAACUACCUCGGGGCUUCUCUUUAA